AAAAAUUUAUCAUGUCCCCGCCGUGUCCAGAUUCACAUUUUUUUGAAAUCACCGUGUCUGUAUCCUUGUCCGUGUCCGUAUCCGUAUCCAUGUCCAUGUCCGUGCCUUAUAGGUGGUGGUGGUGGGAGGACGAAAGUGGCGGUGGUGAUGGCAAUGGCGACGGUGACGGUGACGGUGAAGAUUGGCUGAUUAAAAGUUCAUUUGGAUCUGCUCGUUAUGUAAAAAAGUCAAGAUUAACACACAUUAAAGCUUAAUUAAUUUUGUAUGCACUGAAAAAAAUGAAGCUAUUUGACUUUCACUAGUUAUUGGCUUGAUUAAAACUCGUUUGAGAUCUGUACAAAAUGUAUACAAGUCAAAUUUGAACAAAUUUUGAACCUCAUAAUUUUCAAGUCAGUCUUGGACAUUCUGUUAGUUUACAAUCCUACGCCUUAGAAAGUACUAUUACUGCUUUUGAAGGUGUAAUUUUGCAUUGAUAUAUGCUCAGAAAAGCAAGAAAAAGACUUGCCAAAGAGCUAACCAAAUGGUACCUAACAGAAUUAUGAAUUUUGAUCUGCCAUUUUCCAAUAUCAAUGAAUUGCAAAGCCCACAAAUGAGCUGAUUGCAGUGAGAGAUGGGUUGUGCAAAAGUCAGAAUAUUUUCUUGUGUAGUCAAUGAAUGUAAGACCCACAUUAAGUGGGUUUGAUCAGGGGUUCAACUUUAACUUACCCAUAGAAUUUGGCUCUUUGGCUUCUGAAUUUUCUCAAUCAUUUGCUACGAGGAUAUAUCAUAUGUGCUUUGCAUUCAUUCCAGGUUUAAAGGAGGCUGUUAGAACUGACAAGGCUCCAGCUGCAUUGGGACCGUAUUCUCAAGCCAUCAAAACUGAUAACCUUCUUUUUGUAUCUGGUGUGCUUGGUCUCAUUCCAGAGACUGGGAAGUUUGUCUCAGAAUGUGUAGAGGAUCAAACAGAGCAGGUAACUUACUACUGACAUGUAAACUUCUUGUGUGAUAUAUCUAUACUAUUAUAUAUGUGAGCACAUGAUUUGGUGUCUAAUAGUGUAGUGACUUCUCUUUCUGCCACAUGGCAAAUUUUCCUAUCCUAAAAUAAAAAAAUAUUUUUCAAAAGUGUGAGUAAGA